UCACAAGCUCUUUUUAUUCUUCUCUGACUAUGUAUCUAUAAAUAUCAGAAACUGCAUGCAGAUCUCCAACAAACAAAAUUACAAUGCUUAUUUUUCACCAUUUUUAUCAUCAUUAUACCUUCUUCUCUACGUGAAAUAAUACAAUAAGAACCCCAAUGUCCCACUCUUACUUUUUCAACCCUUCUUCUUUUUCUCCCUAAAUUAUACUCACUCUUCUUUUCAAAUUUCUUUUCAAAUUUCCCAAAGUUCUCUUCUCAGAUCCCAACUUCACACCAAUCCCUCAUCUCAACAGACCCACCUUCCAAAAAUGCAACUUGGGACAUGUGUGUUGAACCUUGUUCUGAUAUUUUCACUUCUCGGUCAGUUCUCUGGAAGUGUGUCAGAGUCAUCGUCUUCAACACCGCAGGCACCAAUCUGUUCAGAAGAAGACAGGGCUUCACUUCUGAGCUUCAAAGCAGGCAUUUCGCAGGACACGUCACAAACACUGUCCACGUGGACGGGCAGAGAUUGCUGCGAUGGUGGGUGGGAGGGAGUUCAGUGCAAUCCAUCCACAGGACGAGUAAACAUGUUGCAGAUUCAGAGGCCGGAGAGAGAUGAUGAAACGUUCAUGAAGGGUACUCUUUCUCCAUCUCUGGGCAACUUGCAUUUCUUGGAGGUAAUGAUCAUAAGUGGUAUGAAGCAUAUUACAGGACCCAUUCCUAAUAGUUUCUCAAAUUUAACCCACCUUACCCAGUUAAUUUUGGAUGACAAUUCCGUUGGGGGUUGCAUUCCUCCGAGUUUAGGUCGUUUAUCCUUGCUUCAGUCCCUUUCACUCGCUGGAAACCAUCUGAAAGGACAGAUCCCUCCAACAUUUGGGGGUCUGAGAAACCUUGUCCAGCUUAAUUUAGCAAGAAAUUCUCUGUCUGGUCCUAUCCCCCUCAGUCUUAAAACCGUUAUAAAUUUGCAAUACCUUGAUCUCAGCUACAAUUUGUUAUCAGCUCCCAUCCCGGAUUUUAUUGGGGAGUUAAAAAAUUUGACUUACGUAGACCUUUCCUCUAACCUUCUAACCGGAAAAAUUCCAGUUUCCUUGUUCGGCCUCGUGAAUCUUUUAGACUUGUCCUUGAGCAAUAACAAGCUCACAGGGAACAUUCCAGAUCAGGUUGGAAAUCUGAAAUCCCUGACCAGUCUUCAACUCAGUGCCAAUCUGCUCACAGGGCAUAUUCCACUGUCCAUAUCAAGACUACAGAACCUCUGGUAUCUCAACGUAUCGAGUAAUUGGCUUUCAGAUCCCUUACCAGUAAUCCCUACCAAGGGCAUCCCUUCCCUUUUGUCCAUAGACCUGUCUUACAACAACCUCAGCCUUGGAACUGUUCCUGAUUGGAUCAGAAGCAAGCAACUCAAAGAUGUACAUCUUGCUGGGUGCAAAUUGAAGGGAAAUCUUCCACACUUCACAAGACCAGACUCUUUGAGCUCCAUAGACCUAUCAGACAACUACUUGGUUGAUGGUAUUUCAAAUUUCUUCACUAACAUGUCCGGCCUGCAAAAGCUCAAGCUCUCCAACAACCAGUUGAGGUUUGACAUAUCUGCAAUCAAGUUGCCAACGGAGCUCUCUUCCAUAGACUUGCAUGCAAAUUUGCUGGUGGGUUCAUUAUCAACAAUAGUGAAUAACAGGACAAGCAGCUCUUUGGAGGUUAUUGACUUGUCAAACAAUUUCAUUUCGGGACACGUUCCAGGAUUUGUGGAAGGCUCAAGCUUGAAGGUACUAAACGUGGGAAGCAACAACAUAACAGGUCCUAUCCCAGUCUCUAUCUCAAAUUUGGUAUAUCUUGAGAGACUGGACAUCUCAAGAAAUCACGUAUUGGGAACCAUCCCCUCAAGUCUAGGGCAAACAGACUGUGUGGUGAAAUACCACAAACCCGACCAUUCAACGUCUUUCGACCGGUUGCUUACGGCCACAACUUGUGCUUAUGUGGCAAACCUUUACAACCAUGCAAGAAACACGGAAGCAUGGGUCAGUGAGAUGCUGACUCUAUCAUACUAUAUAUAAUAUAUAUAAAUGCUCAUGUCCUGCGACCAUUGUUACAUAGAGCAAAAUAGAAUAGGCAUUUCUUUUCUAGGUCGACCACAAUGCAAGUUCAAUUUUAUAAUUCAACAUUGUUUCUAAUAAAAUAUGCACUCAUUUUA